AUCUAGUUUAAUAAUCUCGUCUGCAUCAACAACUCCUUGGUCUUGAACACAAGGUUUCCUCCUGAGAAGGACACACCUCCCGCACCAUGAGGACUUGAUGUAUGAUCUCAGCGGGUCACUCGGGAGCUCAUUUUUGCGCAAAGCAGAUCAUGUCUCGAGUGGAGGUGAUCGUGGACAACAACCUUCGCUCUCUGCUGAGGGAGCUUCGUACUGACAUCGCGAUGGCUGUGGACGAUCCUUUCCCCGUUGUGUACGGCUUGGCGGACAAAAACAUCAUCACUGAGCAACUGCUGAAGGACACGCUGGAGAAGGAGGGAAGUGAGGGCAUUCACAAAGCCAUGUACUCCCUCCUGUCCUGGGUGUUGGAGCAGAGCAGAUCCACCAUCCAGGCUUUCUGGAACAACUUGUCCAAAGACUACAACAUGGACAGCUAUCCCAGACUGCGGACGCUCCUCGCCAACAUUCAGGCCAGACGAGAGGCUCCAAGUUCCAAAGCAGAAACUGGAUCUUCAGGAGGUCUGAAAGCUGCUCAAAGUAAGAAGAGGAACCACGAGGACCGGGGAGCAAACUCCAAGCAUUCAGAAUAUCACGCCAAGACAACAGAUGGAGCAGGGAGUAAAGUUAAGCUGUACAGAGUGAAGAGUCAACCACACACGCUGCAGCUCCCGGAUGGAAAUGGUUUGCAGGUUGUGUCUUCGUCAGCACAGAGAGGAGUACCAUUUGCCUCUUCGUCCUCGGGCUUCUCAAAACCUCCACCAGUCAGAAGCGAAAACAAAGAGAAGAUACUAAUUAAAAAAGAGUACACUUUGGAUGGUAAAUCCAAAAAAUGUGUCAAAGUUGCUGAAGGGUUUUGCUCUCAGGGUGUAGCAGAAACAAAAGGAGAGAAGUCCAAGUUUGCAAAGACCACAUUUUACCACCAGGGGGAGACAAACACAGUCAUGGCUCACUGUAAUGAUGACGAGUGUGCGGUGUGUAAAGAUGGAGGAGAGCUGAUCUGUUGUGACGGAUGUCCUCGAGCCUUUCAUCUGGCCUGCCACAGCCCUCCACUCACCUCCAUACCCAGUGGCUCUUGGCAGUGUGCGUGGUGCUGUGGGCACAGGGUGAAAAGAGAGGACAUCCGACUUCCUUUACUGGCUCCCGCAUCUCAGACUCAGCAAACAAACACAAACUCCUGUAUCUCAGUGACGGACAGCUCCUUUUACUCCCCUCUACCAUCAUCCAUCACAAGUGAUACGGCCUCUGUCAACGCGCCAAGUGGCAGCAAUCAGUGUCCAGGAGGAGAGUCCGGCGUGAGGGACGUCUGUGGCAUUUGUCACCUUGGCGGAGGAGACCUGAUUCUCUGUCACCAGUGCUUAAAGUGUUUCCACGGGCACUGUCACUUCUCCAAGGGCAGAUCUAUCUGCUCGUCGUGCUGUCGUUUGUGGGGCAGCUCUGCAGAGAAAGAGUCCAGAGGCCUGCAGCUUGCACCGGCGGUCCAGAACACACUCAGUCAAGAUCAGAGCGCCCCCAACGCUGAGCCACUGGUCAAUAAAGAUGAACUUGACUCCAUCCUGGGAGACCAGAGCUCCGUUGAUGGCCUGUUGCAGUGGGCUUUCCACAACGUCUCUCAGCCUCUUCCAGACUCACAGGGAUGCUACCAGUAA